AUGGCCAAAAAUUUGGGACUUUUGAAUCCUGCUCUCACGGGAAGUACUAUCAGCCUUGAUCGACGAAGCAACUCAAGUUUAAACGUUAUUGACAAUGCAAUGUAUCUCGAUGUAGAUUCAGGGAAUCCUUACAACACACUGCAACGCAAUGACAACCAUCUAGUUAAUCCAAGGCCAAAAAGAACUCAAAAUGCUGUAUAUGAUGACAUUUAUAACCCCAGAGUAGUGGGGCAAAAUCAGUCAAGGACUUCUCAAACUCCGAAGAAACCCGGUCGCGCGAGACAAAGGAAAAAUGGAAGAAUAUUUCGCGUUGUAUUGAUGUUUCUUAUNCGUCAAGUUAAUCCAAGGCCAAAAAGAACUCAAAAUGCUGUAUAUGAUGACAUUUAUAACCCCAGAGUAGUGGGGCAAAAUCAGUCAAGGACUUCUCAAACUCCGAAGAAACCCGGUCGCGCGACACAAAGGAAAAAUGGAAGAAUAUUUCGCGUUGUAUUGAUGUUUCUUAUUGUUCUUGUGGCUAUCAUAGCUUUACUGCUGGUUCUUCUGUUGAUGAUGGGGAAAGUUGGUCCAAAAUGUCGCUGCCGUACUUCAGGUGAGAAAGUAUUUUUUGCGCGUUAUUUUUAUCAGAUUUUGGUACAUGUAUCUUGAAAGCGAGCUGGCAAUGUUUAUCGCGGCAAUGGAUAACGUGUACUUGAAUGCAAAUUUAAAUCAAGCUGAUAUAUUGACUGUUAAACAUUUUGCCUUCAAAUAACAUAAUUUUAAUUCCUGGUUUUAAUUAUUGAUUCUACUCGUAUAUAAAUGGAAAAGUAACGCGCCGUUGUUUUAGUUUCGACUUUCCGUUCUCGGCAAUUUUUUGGAUAUUACCAUGUCAUCGACUUUCGUAUUGAUUUAUAUCUUGAAAACAUUUCCAGAAUAUUCUAACUAAGCUUUGUGUCAAACGUACUCCAGAAUGAAAAUAAAUAGAAUGAACAGUAGAAAUUGCUUGUUUAGGCAAGAAACAUCAGAGAGAAGUCCAAGAAGAAAUAAAAGGAGUACUUGACAAUUAGUUGAGUGUUGAUAAAGUGGAUACAAACAUAACUGGCGAGUGCCCUUUGACGGUUCCAAUCUUCCAAAAGAGUACAGCUCAUGCUGCAGCAGAACAUUACGGCAUACGCAUGCAAUCGACUUUCCCGUGCAUAAGAAGUAGAAGUGAAAUUAGAAGCUAUUAGAAGACCGAGGCAGCGUUGAGACCAGAAUUAAAAACUCUUCUCAGUAUAUAGACUGACAAUUUUCCUGUGACUUUUCAGGGAUUCACAUUGAUGCUAAAGCUCAUCAUGCAGUUAAGAUAUUCUAAAAUGGUCAUGGGCAGACUCUCACUUUAGCUAUUCCCUGACUAGGCGGCAGUGAAAUGCGGCACGACCAAAAAUUCGAAAAAAACUACCCUUUGACACGUUCACUUGUACAUGGACCUUGUUUUCGCUACACGGUGAUUAGGAAAUCAGGUCUUUACUGCCAUUAAGGAUCGUCUUCUGUCAAAUGAAUGCCAAAAGGAUGCUCCGUUAAAGCUGUUUAUCCAAUAGUUUGCUACUUGCUAUAAAAACCAUAUUCGAAGAGAAGGUUAAAUCGAAAUCAGCCAUGCAGAAGGUUGACCCUCCCAGCCUUUAUUAUGCAAUGACAUUCAGGCUGUAAUCAAUCAAAAAAUUUCCUAUCACUAGUGUUCUCGAAAUAUCUUCCGCUCAGUCAGGCUGACAAUUCGGAUUUAAUCGCCGGGAGGGCCGAGAGUACUCUUUCCUUUUCGGAUAUGACUUUGUGCUAAAAGAUGACUCUGGUAGGCAGUAUAUAUUACCCUACCCUAGAAAUGUUGCAUCAGUAUAUGUUUCUGGGAAACUGUCCAUCAACCCCUCCCGUAAGCCAACAUUAACACUUACUUCUCACUUAGGGCAAAAUGUUGGUUUAGGGGAGGGGUAGGUGGGCAGUUAUGGUCAUUUGAUUAUCAAAAGUUUAAGAGCACUCCCAGAAGACGGGACAUCUGCAUAGUAGGCAGUUGUCUCUUGUUUGAAACGGUAAAUGGACAAAUAUUGUCUUUUCGAUCUUUUCCUUGUCUUGUUUAUUUAUUCUUUCAAACAAGGAACAACUGCAUUGCAUUGAACUCACUAUUGUUUUUGUGUUUGUGCUCAAAAAAGCCAUUUUAAAUGAAAGAUAAGAUCGCCCUCAGGCCAAUUUCUUGUUUUGCAAACUUUAAUGCCCGCUAAUUCAAUGAUCAUGGCGACGCUAUUAUAAGCGCUAAACGUAUUCAACUGCAUCGAUCUUUCACAUAUCUCGAAUUCUUCAGUUGGUCAGAGUUAACUCAAUAUCAUGAGCACGUACAUAGAAGCGAAAUGUUUCGCUUUCCUUUUCAAUAUCAAAGAAAAACAGAGCGCACGUAAAAAGGUCAAAAUUAGGAGUAAUUCAUCUCAACGACUAUUGAACAUCAAUUAGAUGAGUCAAGUUACUACAUCGUAAUGUGCGUGUGAAUACAAUAAGUGGAAUGGCUUACUACCCACCAUCUGUUAAGACCAACUGGGAAGCAAAACAACAAGUAGCUUUACCUCCUAGGCCUCGCGCUGACUCCAACUCAUCUUAUGUUGUCUUAAGUGAAACAGCAAAAGAUAAACACGGAGCUUAUUCUUCGAAAAGUAGUGCAAAAGAAAAGAAAAAACGGCGAAAAAAGCCGAAAUCUGUCACGGGAAACUGCUCAAGGACCGUACGAACUUUGAAUGAUGGAUAUCAAAUCAAAAGCCAUCUCGAGCACCAUGGCUGUUGCCACGGACUAUGCUAUCAUCGUUUUCUUCAGUUUCUUGUUUUAUUCUUCUCUGUUGCUGCUUUGACUUUAGUUAUUGUUAUGGUCUUCGGCGUUUUGGGACCAGCCCAACGCUGUCGCGCUUGCAAUGAAACUGAAGGUAAGCUUACCUCUUCCGCAGUUGAAAGCGCCUCGUUUCUGAAAUGGAUGCCCCCAUUUAUUUCAAGCUUGGUAAUUCUGGUAUUAUUCGACUUAAAUAAUUAACUUCCUUUCACCGUGAUGAGCUGUGGGGCGCUGGAAAGCCCGUUUAAUAAUGUUCAGCAUCAUUUCACUGGUACGUUUAACGAAUCACCAGUUAACUUUCAGCCGUGUCCACUUGCCGCAAAGGCCAUCAUUUGUUCAGUCCCCCCUUUUUUUUUAAUUUUCACAUUCUUAAGUUUCAAAAUAUCUUCUAAAGUUAUAAAAUUUUAAGAGGAAAAAGGCUGACGGAAAUAAAUGGCUUUGUGGGGAAGUGUGUGGUGGUUAGAGGAGCGCACAUGACUCACCAUCGAACCAACGAAUACAUGUAUUGAAUAUAUAGAUUGACGUCAAUUAUAAGUGGCAUGUUUUUUAUAUGGCUAAUUAUGAAAAUUUUUCUCGAUUCUUUGCCCACUUUUAAGAGUCAAACAGAAUUUGUUAGAUACUGUGUCUUUAACGGGAAAUAGCUGAAAGAAUCUGGGCUAUGUCUUAACCCUUAACUUAUACGUGUAGUUUCAAAAGACGUUUUCGAUAUUUUCAGCAUUUUCUGCAGUUUUAAUUUAUUUCAAUAUGGAACUCCACAGUUGCUCCUUGCUCAGGUGCAUGUACUGCCGACGCUGUACUUGGUAAAGCGCGAGAAAACGUGGAUUGCAUAAACCCCCGGACUGGUUUCAAGACCCCAGUAUACUCAUCACCGGCUAGAACAAAUAGCAAAAUGUUGGCUUAAGCGAGGGGUAGGUGGGCAGUUUCCCAGAAACGUAUACUGAUCCAAAAAAUAAAUAAGCAAUUAAUGAAAUAAACAGUAUGGUCACUGUAGGAACUUAAAAGACUAACGAUCGAUUUGAUUUUCAACUCUAGGAACUUCACCAAAAGUGGGUAGACAAUCUUCUGAAGAGCAAAACGAACAGAAUGAAACAGAUACGUCUUCCAAAAAUACGUUUAACAUGGACUUCUCUCCAUUUUUCGACAUCUUGGAGGAUUUGCAAGCUAAUAUUUCGUCUCUUCGUCAAGAAGCAGUAAGUCGACAAAUCUGAAUUCUAUUUUUGACGCGUACUUAGACUAGAGCAGAUUUUCUUUAGGCUUUUAUCCACAAACUUUAAGUCAGAGCCACGAUUUGCUGGUUAAGACGUCAUUCGAAGGAAUUUGAGUGCAGGCAUACAACACUGAUGCUAAUAUGAUUUUGCACGAUAACACCUCAAUGUGCGCCCAACACUGGUUAAUAUUGCGAAUUCUCUCUCAGCCUACCGGGCUGCAUGAAUAUCGCUCGCAGUGAUGGAUUGCAUUGUUGCCGAGUGGCUUGCUGUACGUGAGAACCUUUGGUCCUCCUGUGUUUGUCGCUCGGUGACUGGUCGGGAUUGUUGUUCGUAGCUCGUUGCUUGUAAGAUGCUCUGCUCGGGUGCGAUAAUCCUGAGAGAUUGCUAGCAGUCCAAUUAGAAACUUUGGUUAAAAUAAUUAAUCUUCAAAUUAUCUUGCUCAAUAAUCAGAGAUAUAAGCGAUAUUUGCUGAGAAAAUAUUGGCCAUCAAAACCGGCGGAAUGAGUUAGUUGACGAGGGGUGGGGAGGUGUUGAUGGAGGUGGUAAAGUCGGAGUCUAUAUACAUUCUGCAUAAUAAAUAUGAUAUAGACGUUAUGAAACGCCUUAUUUGUUCCUCUGUUAAAAGUGGUAAACCAAUUUUUUUUUUUCUGUGAAGGAAUCGCUACUUCAACAAUCAGAAGGGAACACGGAUACGCUUCUGGCAGCCAAAACAAAGUUCAGUUUCACAAGACACGAGAUUACACAGUUUUACAAUACGUUCUAUGCUGUGGUUAACAAUGUAAGCCUUGUUGUAUUUAGAUGACGCCUUGAGUUUAAAUUAUGCUAUCUAUAUUAUCGGUCUUGAGUGAAACAUUUUUGUUUUUCAAUUUGCUUGUCACCCCGGGAGGGGGGGGGUUGGGGGGGGGGACUCCCAUAAGAAUUGGGCGGGGAUGCUCGUCAUCUCGCUUAGGGGUGUAAAUUUCAGAUUUUGGUCUCGCUUAGGGUGUUCUGGGUAAAACACCAUUAUAUUUAGCCGUAAAGGUCCCUUAUAGGGCUGCAUUCGAAGAAAUAUUAAAAAACUAUAAAUUUUCAACUUGUUUUAUUUACUCAAUUCAUGUAAACAAAGUUUCAAAUGAUCGCUUUUAGGGGUCAAAAAAAGUUAGGGCCACGCCCAGAUUGGUUUCCUUUAGGGGUUUAAUUCAAAAUUUCCGACGAGCAUCCCCGCCCCUUUCAAAUGGGAGUCCUCCCCCCGGGCUUGUCACUCUUAGAAGGAAUUCUAAUAUUCAGCUGCUCGUUAGAUCCUAAUACAUCCAAUCCUCACGUUUUAUCAGGGGCUUAGGAGAAUAUUUUCACAUGUAGCUGGUGCGAAAAGUGAACUUGCAAAUGUGCUGAAUUAAAAGUUUGCAAGUCGCUAAAAGUGCUCUCCAACUUGCUUUUGGGUGUAUCUGUUUGCAGGUCAAUAAUUCUUUGCAGCAGUUUAGCCAUGACAAUGGGCCAGUGUCUGGUCAACUUCAAGCAUUAAAUAUCACGUUUACAAACGAGGUACGUAAUACAUUAAGCCUAUCCAGUGACCUGAAUCGUAUGCAAAUGUUCUACCAAAGUCGGUUGCAUGCAUUGCUGGUUUGUGAAAUAAAGUACAUGGAUUGAUUUGAGUCCAUUUAAACUGAUCUUGCAGUUGGCAGAGAUGAAGCAAACUUACCAGCAGUAUAAUGACGUCAUCGACGAUGCUAUCCAAAAUGUGAACAAUACUAUCGCUGAAAAGGUUGGUAGACUGAUCAGCUGUUAAUUCGCCACUUUAAAAACGAGUGGGAAACUGGGACAAGAUUAUUUCCCGCAAAGACUUCUGGUACCGUUACUAAGGACAGGGGGAAAAUUGGCCAAUAGCUGACCAGCGCGUCCCCAGCAACUAUCCCAGAAACAAUUGCGGGGAUCAUUUCGGCUCCAGUUCCCGUCUCGUUUCCAAAGUCGUGGCAAAUUGGAAGUUAAGGGGAAUAUAUCACGGCUUUUUAGAGGCCAAUAUUGGUCAAUAUUGGCCAGCUAUAUUAAUAUAGCUGGUGGUUUCAGUUGGAUCAUUAACUGGAGAAGUAGAGCUUUUUGUUUAAGGAUCCGCCGCGCUGAAGCCGGUAGUGUUUUGCCCCGUUCUAAAGCCUUACUGGACGUCUUUCAAUUUUAUUCGGCCAAACAACAUUUGAAGGCAAUGUUUCAUAUCAAUCACGAUUUUUUAGAAACCAUGUUUUUCUAGGUAUCAAUUAGAAUUGCUGAACCUGGGCCAACCGGCGAGAAAGGACAAAACGGUUUCAGAGGUCCAACAGGAGAUACGGGACCCGCCGGGCCAAAGGGCCCCAUGGGGAUACAAGGAAUUACCGGAGCAAAAGGGGACAAAGGAAUGAAAGGAGAUCCAGGCUUUCCAGGCAAAAAUGGCAACCAGGGAGCGUCCGGGGAUAAGGGAAUCAAGGGACUGCAGGGCGACACGGGUCCCCCAGGAAUUCAAGGAGAUAAAGGUGAUCCAGGACCAAGAGGGAUCGGUAACUUCAGUUGGUGCCAGCCUAAAAUAAAAGAGCAAACAUCACCUGUUAGCAUUGCUGAUACUCAGGUAAUAUAGUUUACGAGCGUGUAAUAUCUGUUUUCUUAAGCAAUAAUUGCUCACUAAAUUUUAGUUUCAAUCUAACCGAUGUUGGUCAGUCCAAGCUCAUACUACAUAGCCUGCUUGCAAGCUCUCUGGUGGUUGCGUGGGGAAAGAGGGGACUCCAGACCCCAGACCCUGAUACCAAAAGCAGAGAUGCUAUGUGCAUGCCUUACAGCUGAAUUAUCUUUAACAGGGUAUUUUUCAUUUUUUUUUUUUUAUUAUUUUCACAGAAUACAAAGGUCAUUGGAGCAUAUUGCACAACAACUGACACUAAUGCAGAAUCUAACUUGGACGUACGAAUGCAAUCGCCGCCAAAUUACAACGAAUAUUCAUGCGAUUGUAGGCCCUCUGGUUCCAACUGUGCACUGCAUUACUGGUCGUGCCCAAUUCAUGCUCCAUAA